UGUAUGGCCGCGCGCCGAUGGAAAUGUUUACAUUUUUACGAAAUACGUCUGAAAACAAAUAACUAUCUGUUUAAGUACAUGUGAUAAUCCUAUCAAUACUCCAGAUUAGAACAAUAAAUAAAAUGUUAGCAGCGUUAAAGAAGAAGAAAAAUGUUGUCUUAAUGACUGCAGUUGCUGCGAGUUGUUUCAUCCUUUACCAGCUGUAUUUUUUCCUUACAUUAUCGUCAGAAACCAACAAUAGCAAAAUAAUUCCAAUGCUCGAUCAUGCUAGAGUAAAAGAAUUAGUUCAUGUGCGAUCAGAACACGAUAAGUAUAUCAACGACAAUGGUAUAAUAAGAGGUGUUUACUUUGCGCAAGUAAAAGAUUACAGACCGAAUUAUAAAAACGAAUUCAAAUGUAGAAAUUCAGAACAACAUAUUCCAUUUGAAUUUGUGAAUGAUGACUUCUGUGAUUGUGACGAUGGAACAGAUGAACCGAGCACAAAUGCAUGCCCUCUCGGUGUUUUCUACUGUGAUACUCAGUUUCCAAAGUCGUCUAUCAACUCUAUACACUCUGGUUUACUCAAUGACGGUAUCUGUGAUUGUUGUGACGGCUCCGACGAAUGGUUACUUGCUGGCAAAAAGAAAUUAUUGGGACAGAGCGAGCCUCAUAAUAUAAGGCAUCAUGUGAAAUCAUGUCCAAAUUUAUGUCACAAAACUUGAAUAUUUACACUUAUUAAUUUUGUAAGAGGUCUCAACUUAAAAAUUUACUUGUUAUAUUUAGUGUGUUAAUAAUUAUUCUAUAUUUCAUGCAAUUUCCUUAUUCUUAUAAGUUAUCUUCAUAUAGCAUAUAAAGUGUAUUGUAUAUUAAAUACAUGCAAAACAUUAUUAUUUGUUAAAUAGCAUGAAGUCAGAAGGUUAUUUCAAAACAAUUUACAUUUCUUUCGUAGUAGAUAAAGUUGAGAUUUAUCUUAUUGUAGCAAUGGUGAGAUCUCAUCUAUAUUCCAAAGCAUUCUAUUUUUUUCAUAAGACACGACAAUGAAGCAUAUUCGCAUAAAUUUCAAUACUUAGUAAAUUUUUAAGAUAGAUCUUAUUCAAAUUUGAUGAAUUACUAAAAGGUUGUGUUCAUUGUUUGAGAUGUAAAAAAACUUAUGAUAGGUACAUGUAUAAAAGUUGAAUUGUAAAUAUGGAAAAUUUGUAAAGACUGACAGAUUUUAGUGUAAUAAAGACCAUAUAGAAUUAAACAUAUUAAUAUAA